GGCAGGGGCCCCCAGGUUAUCUCCAGCAGUGGCCAAUGGCCGUGCCAGGGGCAGAGCCCGCUCCCCUCCGCGUUGCUAAGUGCGAGGAUGACACGGAUCCAGAGCCGUCAGCCGCGAGAAGGGGGAGGCGAGAGUCGGAGCGCGUGGGAGCGCAGAGGCUGGAGGAGGGAGGGGGACCCUGAGCGCACAGAGCGCGGAGGGAGGCGCCCGCCGGAGCGAACAUCCACCCGGAUCCGGAGCCAAAGCAGCAGCUACGGCCGCGCCCUUGCCAGAGCCGGUGCGUCCGCCUAGCCCUGCUCCGCCCGCAGUGGUCAGGGCUGCAGAGGAUGGAGGAUUCCCAGGAGACAUCGCCAUCCUCCAACAACUCCUCGGAGGAGCUCAGCUCUGCCCUGCAGCUGUCCAAGGGCAUGUCCAUCUUCCUCGACAUACUGAGGAGAGCAGACAAAAAUGAUGAUGGAAAAUUAUCCUUUGAAGAAUUCAAAGCAUAUUUUGCAGAUGGUGUUCUCAGUGGAGAAGAAUUACAUGAGCUCUUCCAUACCAUUGAUACACAUAAUACUAACAAUCUUGACACAGAAGAGCUAUGUGAAUAUUUUUCUCAGCACCUGGGUGAGUAUGAGAAUGUACUGGCAGCACUUGAAGACCUAAAUCUUUCCAUCCUGAAGGCAAUGAGCAAAACAAAGAAGGACUACCAAGAAGCCUCCAAUUUGGAACAAUUUGUAACUCGAUUUUUAUUGAAGGAGACCCUGAAUCAGCUGCAGUCUCUCCAGAAUUCACUGGAAUGUGCUAUGGAAACUACUGAGGAGCAAACACGUCAAGAAAGGCAAGGGCCAGCCAAGCCAGAAGUCCUGUCAAUUCAAUGGCCUGGAAAACGAUCAAGCCGCCGAGUCCAGAGACACAACAGCUUCUCCCCAAACAGCCCUCAGUUUAAUGUCAGUGGUCAAGGCUUAUUAGAAGAAGACAGCCAGUGGAUGACCCAGAUAAACAGACUCCAGAAAUUAAUUGAUAGACUGGAAAAGAAGGACCUCAAACUUGAACCACUGGAAGAAGAAAUUAUUGAAGGGAAUACUAAAUCUCACAUCAUGCUUGUGCAGCGGCAGAUGUCUGUGAUAGAAGAGGACCUGGAAGAAUUCCAACUUGCUCUGAAACACUACGUGGAGAGUGCUUCCUCCCAAAGUGGAUGCUUGCGUAUUUCUACACAAAAGCUUUCAAAUGAAUCUCGCUACAUGAUCUAUGAGUUCUGGGAGAAUAGUAGUGUGUGGAAUAGCCACCUUCAGACAAAUUAUAGCAAGACAUUUCAAAGAAGUAAUGUGGAUUUCUUGGAAACUCCAGAACUCACAUCUACAAUGCUAGUUCCUGCUUCAUGGUGGAUCCUGAACAAGAACUAGAUGUUCCUAGACAUUUUCUUUAUGGUUCCAAGUGCAAAACAGGUGUUCUUAUCUAAAAUGUCAAUUAGAAAAUUAUCUGUGGUUGUUAAUCUGUAUACUUUUGUUUAGUAUAUUUACUAAGUGCACUCUUUUAAAACGUAUUCUGUAACUUUAUCAUUCAUGUGAAUUUUAGCUCAAUUUUCAAAGUUCACUAUUCUCAAUAUUUAAUGCUAAAUGCUUUGCUACAUUGUAACCAACCUAAAACCUUUUAGUGACAAAAUCCUAAUAUGUGGAAAAAAGCAUAUGCAUAAAGGAAUAACAUUGUGAAAAAUAAUUUGUUAUGAUAAAGAAAAAAUAAAGUGGAAACUUUUAGAGCAUUACUUCAUGGGGCAGAUUUUGUAAACGGUUGUAUACUGUAAAGGGUUAAAUCAGCGUUUUGUGAUUUUUAAGUGACAGAUUUUCUGUGAUUGAAGUUUAUUCUUCAACAAUGUCUACUCCAUCCCCAACAGCCCUAUGACUAUUAUCUUUACAUUAGUUAAAAGGUUAGUAUAUAGGCAUCAAACAACCUUGGCUGUAACCUAUAGAAUCUCUAUCUAUGUAUCAAGUUAUAAACUGGUUGUUCAAAAGUGAACAAUUCUGUGAUAAGUUGGAGUACCAUUUAGUAACAUAGCAACAUUGUAUCAUUUAUUAGCAUUAUAAUUCCUUGUUAUAUAAGUUAAAUAUAUCAAGAAAGAAGAGAGUAUUACUUUGGAAAAAUGUGAUUCAAAUUUUAUGGCAUAUAGUUUUGGUAUGCAGUAAAGACAGCUAACUUUUCUUAUGAAAAAUACAUAUUUGCAUGUAAAUAAGGAUUUCAAAAUACUUGAAAAAAUUUUAACCCAAAGGAAUAAAUAAAAAUUAUAAAACAAGCACAAAACCUUAGGGAAGUCAUAAAAUAAUAGGGAAAGUACUAGACAGAAGACAUCUGCUUUCUGGUUUCAACACUAGAAUGACCAAAACUAUCUACCUAUAAAACUGUCUAUAGACAGUAUAUUAUCUAUACUCUGCUUGACAAGCUCAGAAAUUAAAUAUUUUUAGUAAUAAAAAUCUGUUCUGGUUAUAAACCCUGCUAAUGAAAAUAUAAUACAUAUAAAAAUGUAUUGCCAUGCUAUUUUCUAGUAUAAAUUCCUUUGAAAUUAUAAGUCUUUGGGGAAAAAUAUAAGGUAAAAUAUUCCUGGUUUUCCCCUUUGAAAAACUCAGGAGAAAGGAAGAUUAAACUAAUAAAAUUGUAUUUCUUAAGUAUAAAUAUGAUCUAAAAUAUUUUCUCAAACUAAUUCAUGAAGCAGCAACUCUUACCAAUACCUUUGAAUACUCUCAAUCCUCAUUCAAUGUAAAUAAAAUUUUAAAAUCCUUUCAUAGUUUCUAUUAGAAAUAAGUAGGAAAUUUUGAUAUAUUAUACAUAUACACGUGUGUAUAUGUGUGUGUAUAUAUGUGUAUGUGUGUGCCUCUGGUCAACUCUAAGGAUGACAAGCACUGUGUAACAACACCUGGGUCAACUCUUUUAAUUUAUAUACAAAGCAAAAAACGACAUAAAUAGAGAUAUACAAUGAUUAAUCAAACAAGCUAUACAUAUGUAAGGCAAACAGACAUACAACAAAACAGUCUCUGCAAACUGAUCGUAUGCAGUAAGAAUAGAUCAAAACCUAAGGGACUUUUGACAAACACUUCUUGAAAAUGUUCAUUGUAAAUGGUUUCAAAAAUACAAAUUAUAGCCAAUUAAAACAUUGCUUUGGUUAGUCCAUUGAAGUAUCCAGUUCAAAAAGCAUAUCAAAUCUUUAGGGUACUAGGCAGUUUCCAGAGUAGAAUGGUAGUAUUCUUUGCUAAAAGGGUUCUGUUUUCAGUAACAGUACUAAGUAGAAGGGGUCUGUAGAUUACAAAUUGGAAUAUGCUCUAUUAUAUUCUGAAACAAGAAUUAAAAUGACUUGAGAAUGGGCAAAUAAUAAAGCAAACCAAUUUAAUUAUAUGGCCAUUCUGACCCUAGCUCUUAUACAAAUUAUACAUAUAUUUGGGCAUGUUUGUGAGAGUUGUAUGUAUGUGAACAUGUGUGCAUGUGUAUUAACAUACACAUAUGUACUGGAACUUAUUGUAGAAAAGGAAAUGAGUAGGGAAUAAAAAAAAAAAGAAAAACCUGGGACCUAAGUAUAAAUAUCUCAUUUUAAAGUAAACAAUAAGUUUAUAGUUAACAAAGAUUUUUUUUCUAUUUAAAAAACAAUCCAUUUUCCUAAUGAACAAAGUAAUUUAAAAAAAAAAAGACAUCACUAAAAGACCAAGGUACAAAACAUAACAUGGACUAUAAGCUUGAAUCUAGGAAAAAAGAUCAAAAACCAGUCAAGAAAAAGGUACUAGUUUUAGGAGUUCAAAAUUCAGUGAAACAAACUUUUUGCAGUAGACCUACGGAUCUGAGAAACAGAAUUAGGGAAAGUUUACACUUACCUAUAUAUCAGCAGAUAUUUCUGGAAGAAACCUUUUUUUUUUUUUUUUUUAAACAGUAACAUCCAAAGUGACAAACUGAAGGAGAAUUAAUGUAUAAAAUUUCUAGGAAUUUAAAGCUUAAACCCCAAAAUUCUUCAUCCAUAUAUGUUAUACAAAAUUACAGAAUUGAAAGUUCAUGUACCUCAAUUAUUUGCAUAUGCCUAAAUUAUUUUGGAAAUAAAAGUAUGUUUUACUUUGAAAUUGCUCAACUUCCACUAUUCAUAUGGUCUGAUUAGUGACAUAAGCAGCAGUUGUUUUUCAACUUUAGUUUCAUUCACUACCAUUGUUUCCAAAUUAUCAAUCUCUGAUAGUAAUUGUGAAUCUAAGACCAUAUUAUUAUCAAAAACCAAGAGACCAAUCAUAUAUCUGAAAAUAAAUCCCUAUUAAAAAAUUCUCUCUCCUGUCAUUGAGAACUAUGCAUUGAACAUUUUGAAUCAUUCUAAGCCUCUGGAGAGACUGUAAUGAUCUAUUUAUGAGCUGGUAUAAAAUCAGUGAGAAGCAGAACAACAAAAAAACUUUAAAAGCAGCAAAAAAGUAUGUACCAUAUAUAUACACUGUAGCAAAUAUUUUAUAUUUGGGAGUCUUUACAACUUACAUUUCCAUUCCAUUAUUACAAGUGAUGAAAAACAAAAAAAAUGCAAAUAGCAUGCAAAUUAUAAAUACACAGUCUUACCACUUCACUAACCAAAUUCUUACUUUCCCGUGUUACUUCCCAAUUUAUGCAGCAAACUGCCUGCAAAGCUCAAACUGAUUAGAAAAUUCUUUAUAGUUUAAAAUAGUUCUUUCUCAUUUUUAGAGAAGUCAAAUAGCCAACCAUCAAAAUUAAGAAUAAAUUGAAUUGUCACAGUCCAUUACAGUUAUUGUUACUAGAUCCACCUCAUUUACAGAUGUCCAAAAUAUAAAACGAAUAAUUCUUUAUCUUCAUAUUCAUCUGUUCUUCAAAUGCUACUUAAAACUUUGGUUGUUUUCCUGUAUAAUAAAAUAAAAGGUUAAUAUACCAACUGAUUGAAUACAGUUUUUACUAAUUAGUUUAUCAAACCAAAUACUGUGAAUGUACCAGGUGUUUAUAGAUGUAAAUGCAUGUUACUAUAGAAACUAUUAAAGUAACAAACUGUCAAAUAACAAAACAGUUCAUGUUUUAAAAAUAUAUGUAGUUCAUUAAAAAAUAUAUUAAAUUGUAUUCCAAACUUCUUGUUCUGUUUCUGUGGUACCUAGCUUUAAAAAAAUGUAUUAAUGUGUAAAUCAAAAGUAAAAUUAAUUGUAAUGUAUGUUUGUUUAAAAAAGUGUAUGUCAAGCUUUUAUUUACACAAUAAAAUGUUAUUAAAGAUGGAAAGUCUAAAAAUGAAAAA